AUGUUUGACUCGUUCCAGAUCGGCUGCAUGGUCCUGGGCUCCCUCGUGCUCAUGGCCAUCGCAGUGCCUGUCGUGCUGCCGGUGUUCCUACCGCUCCUCAUCAUCUUCGUGCUGCUUCGGAGGAGGUACAUAGUGACGUCGCGCGAGGUCAAGCGGCUGGAGGCCAUCACGCGCUCCCCCGUGUACGCCUCCUUCAGCGCCACCCUCAAGGGCCUGCCCACCAUCCGCGCGUACGGCGCGCAGCACCGCUUCCACGACUCGUUCCUCUCGCUGCUCACGCUCAACGGGUCCUGGUGGUACGCCUUCCUGAGCACCUCCCGCUGGGUCGGCUUCCGCCUCGACGUCAUCGCCGCCGUCACCCUGGCCGCGGGGGUCUUCCUGGCCAUGGCCAUCCGCGACCGCAUCAGCGCCGCCAUCCUCGCGCUUGCGCUGACGCAGGUGCUGCAGCUCACCGGCAUGCUGCAGUGGUGGGUGCGCCAGACCGCUGAGGUGGAGAACGCCAUGACCAGCGUGGAGCGCAUGCUCGAGUACACAGAGCUCUCACAGGAGCCCCCGCGCCUCAAGGAGGGCGGCAAGGCCCCCCCGCCCGGCUGGCCUGCCAGCGGCGCCAUCACCUACUCCGACGUCUGGGCCUCCUACCGCCCGGGCCUCCCGCCAGUCCUGCGCCGCCUGUCCUUCUCAUUACCCGGCGGCUGCUCGUGCGGCGUGGUCGGGCGGACGGGCAGCGGGAAGAGCAGCCUGAUGCUCACGCUGUUCAGGCUGAUAUCCGUGGAUCAGGGCACGAUAUUUUUGGACGGUCUGGACACGUCGUCGGUGGCGCUGGACGUGCUGCGGCGCCAGCUGGCGAUCAUCCCCCAGGACCCGGUCCUGUUCAGCGGCACCCUGCGCUCAAACCUUGACCCCUGGGACCGCCACUCGGACGCGGACCUGUGGGAGGUUCUUGGCGCCGUUCAGCUGAAGCCGGCCAUCAGCGAGGCGGGCGGCCUGGCCGCCCCCAUGUCCGAGGCGGGCGACAACCUCAGCGUCGGCCAGAGGCAGCUCUUCUGCCUGGCCAGGGCCCUGCUGCAGGAUGCCAAGGUCUUGGCCCUGGAUGAGGCCACCGCCAACGUGGACCGCGCCACCGACGCCCUCAUCCAAUCCGCCGUCCGCGACUUUGCGCACGGCGCCCGCCGCAUCGGCGGCGCGGCCGCCGCCGACGCCGACGGGCCCGGCGGGGGUGGGCGGGUGCUGCUGGUGAUCGCGCAUCGCAUAGAUACUAUCUUGGACACCGACCAGCUGCUGGUGCUGUCCAACGGGGAGCUCGUCGAGUCGGGCCCGCCGGGCGAGCUGCAGCGGCGCGCGGGCGGCGUGUUUGCGGGGAUGGUGGACGCGGCGCGCGCGGCGGCCGCGCAGCACGAGGAGGGGGCGCAUUGA